CACACAGAGAUCUCUGGUUUCUUUCUCUCCAUUUCUAGGUCAGAAAUGAGUGGUGCAGGGACUUAACGGUUCGGCUGGUCAAAUGUUGGAUCAUCCUCGAACUACCAAUGAAAGACCGUUCACAGAGACACACACCAUACCAAGAGAAAAAGAGCGUGGUGGUAGUGGGGGGUGUGAGAGAGAGAGAGAGAGAGAGAGAGAGAAAGACGCUACAGAUGCAGGAGGUGGUGCUUGGACACAUUUUAGAGGCGUAAAGGCCUGCCUCAUUUGGUGCAGAUCAGAUCAUUUACAAAAAAGCCACAUCCACCACUCAAAACAAGGGAAAGUCACCGCCGGCAGCUGCCAGCAUCCUCACCAACCUGCCGCCGGCUGUUGCAUCAACAACACUUAGCCGGCCAUGAGUCUCGGCAGCAUACGCGGCACGCUGGUCGUCAGCAACGUAACCUGGGCUCUGUCGGAGCGCUCCGUGCUGCAGCCCGUGUGGGAUUACCUCCAGCAGAACCACGAGAGCAGCUUGCGCUCGCCGCUGUUUCCCGUCGUCCUCUCGGUGUCCAUGUACCUGGUGCUGGUGUUCUUCUACACCGUGCUGGACCUUCUGGCGCCCACCUGGCCCUCCAUCCGCCGCUACCAGAUCCACCAGGACCGCGCCGUCACCUGGUCCAACAUUGGAGGCACUUUGGCGCUCACCAUGUACAACCAUCUGCUCUACAUCUUCCCCGCCGCCGUGGCCCAGUGGAUCUGGCGCCCGCCUGUGCCGCUGCCCCGCGAGGCGCCCACGCUCACCGCCUUCCUGCUGGGCAUCGUGGGCUGCACCGUGGUGUUCGACUUCCAGUACUACUUGUGGCACCUUCUGCAUCACCGCGUGGGCUGGCUGUACCGCACCUUCCACGCGCUCCACCACCAGUACCGGCAAACCUUCAGCCUGGUCACGCAGUACCUGUCGGCGUGGGAGCUCUUUAGCGUGGGCUUCUGGACCACCGUGGAUCCUCUGCUGCUCCAGUGUCACUGUCUCACCGCCUGGGCGUUCAUGCUGUUCAACAUCUGGGUGUCCACCGAGGACCACUGCGGGUACGACUUCCCUUGGGCGAUGCACCGCCUGGUUCCCUUCGGCCUUUGGGGCGGCGCGCUGCGGCACGACGCUCACCAUCAGCAGCCGGGCACCAACUUUGCGCCUUUCUUCGCUCACUGGGACUGGCUGGGGGGCACGGCGGCCAUGCCGGCUCCCGCGAAGACAAAAACACAGAGAGAAAAGGACGAAAAGGAAGCCUGAGGCUCGCUUUCCCUUUCACACCCUCGCUCUCAUCUCUCUCCUCUUGCUCCAUCUGUCCCGCCCUGUCUCACACUUUCUAUUCAUCUUCACGCUAUUCAUCUUCUCCCCGAACCGCUGAUCAAGUGUCUUAUAUACUAACAAACCAGAGGAGAAACAUUCCUUGAUUCUUGAUUGUAUAAAGUGUCUUUUCUUGCAAAUCUAUCUAUUUUUCUAAAAUGUAAAAAUCAGCAUUGGCCAAUUUUUGGAGGUUUUGUGGGACAUCUCAGGUUAGUCGUUUUGGCCUUAUGUUUGCAAUGUCUUUUGAAAGAGAUUACAUGUUUCAAAUGGCUUGUGUCCAAUGCUUGUUAUUGUGUUUUUCACUAGACUUCAGUCAAUAAAAAUGCUGUUGUUUGUUAAGUUUA